GCUUUCCCCGCGCGCAGUUCUGGCCCCGCUACCCGGCGCCGCGCACGCCGGUCCCGGCUUCCCCUGCGCGCCGAGUUAGGGCGGGGCGAGCGGGCUCCUCCUGGAGUCCGAAAGCCAAGCCUCUCCCAGCAGCCCCCCGCGGCAUCCCGGGGGCGCCAUGGAACCUCGGGUGGUGGCGGAUGCUGUGGAGACAGGAGAGGAGGAUGUGAUUAUGGAGGCUCUGCGCACGUACAACCGGGAGAACUCCCAGAGUUUCACGUUUGAUGAUGCCCAACAGGAGGACAGGAAGAGACUGGCAGAGCUGCUGGUCUCGGUCCUGGAGCGGGGCUUGCCAUCCUCCCAACGUGUCACCUGGCUGCAGAGCAUCCGCAUCCUGACCAGGGACCGCAGCUGCCUAGACCCUUUCACCAGCCGCGAGAGCCUGCAUGCACUUGCCUCCUAUGCAGGCAUCGCCUUGGAGGGGUCCGUCCCAGAGCCUCUGGACAUGGACGUUGUACUCGAGUCUCUUAAGUGCCUGUGCAACCUCGUGCUCAGCAGCCCGGUGGCACAGGUGCUGGCCGCAGAAGCCCGCCUAGUGGUGAGGCUCGCAGAGCGCGUGGGGCUGUAUCACAAGAGCAGCUUCCCACAUGAAGUCCAGUUCUUUGACUUGCGCCUCCUCUUCCUGCUAACGGCUCUUCGCACUGAUGCCCGCCAGCAGCUGUUUCAGGAGUUGCAGGGGGUGCGCCUGCUGACUGAUGCCCUGGAGCUGACACUGGGAAUGACCCCUGAGAUGGGUCCUCCUGAGCUCCUUCCUCCCCAGGAAACUGAGCGGGCCAUGGAGAUCCUCAAAGUGCUCUUCAACAUCACCUUUGACUCCAUCAAGAGGGAGGUGGAUGAGGAAGAUGCUGCCCUUUAUCGGCACCUGGGGACCAUUCUGCGGCACUGUGUGAUGGUCGCUGCUGCUGGGGACCGCACAGAAGAGUUUCACGGCCACACAGUGAAUCUCUUGGCAAAUUUGCCCCUCAAGUGUCUGGAUGUCCUUCUUACCCUGGAGCCACGUGAAGGUUCCCUAGAGUUCCUGGGAGUAAACAUGGAUGUGAUUCGUGUCCUCCUCAGCUUCUUAGAAAAACGUCUGCACCAGACGCACAGGCUGAAAGAGAGCGUGGCCCCCGUACUGAGCGUGCUGACGGAGUGUGCCCGCGUGCACCGCCCUGCAAGGAAGUUCCUGAAGGCCCAGGUGCUGCCCCCACUGCGGGACGUGAGGACCCGGCCGGAGGUCGGAGACCUGUUGAGGAACAAGCUCGUUCGCCUUAUGACACACCUGGAUACUGAUGUGAAGAGAGUGGCAGCUGAGUUCUUGUUUGUCCUGUGCUCUGAGAGUGUGCCCCGAUUCAUCAAGUACACGGGCUACGGAAAUGCUGCUGGCCUCCUGGCUGCCAGGGGCCUCAUGGCGGGGGGCCGGCCUGAGGGCCAGUAUUCGGAGGACGAGGACACAGACACAGAGGAGUACAAGGAAGCCAAGGCCAGCAGCAUAAACCCAGUGACCGGGAGAGUGGAAGAAGAGCCACCCAACCCCAUGGAGGGCAUGACGGAGGAGCAGAAGGAACAUGAGGCCAUGAAGCUGGUGAACAUGUUUGACAAGCUCUCCAGGCACAGAGUCAUCCAGCCUAUGGGGAUGAGUCCCCGGGGUCAGCUCACAUCCCUGCAGGAUGCCAUUUGUGAGACCAUGGAAGGGCAGCUCUCCUCAGAACCUGACUCAGACCCCGACUGAGGACACCCAUUCUUCUGUUCCCCCUUCAGAACUGGUGCUGCUGCCGGAGAUGGCCUUGGGACUGUGACCCUGGGAAGCCAUGCUUGGAGACGCUUUUCUCUUUACUUCCAAAGUUCUGUUAAUGGUUUGUCUCUGGUCCAGUUUCUUAUCUUUAGGACUGUGAGGGCCUUGUCCUGCUGGAACUCUGGGAACUCAACCUUGAUCUCCACAGAUGAGAUGGUCUCGUGUGCCAAGAGGAAGUGUGCAGAGGCUGCUGCCUGGGGGCAGGAGCUGAGCAUGGGCACGUGCACACACAACCAUGUCCAGGGCUGGCAUAUUGGCCCAGAACUUCUGUGUCAGGCAAGCACUGCAGUUCACAGGAAAAGAACUUGCUAGGGCCAUGUAUACUAAUGUCAGAAACAUACUUUCAAGGUACGCUCUGCUAUCUCUGUCCCCACUGAGCUCAGGACUGGUAGCCUCGUAUGCAUUCUUCGUCCUCGCUCAGCACUCGGCUGUAGUAUCCACAGCACCCAAGCUCUCACUGGUGGUGACAGUGGAAUCCUGGCCUUCCCACUGGCGUAGACAAUAAAUAAUGAAGGAAAGUGCACCUCAUAAAACUAUAAGUCUGGAUUUCUGUCAUGUACCACAAAGCAUCACUGAAACAUCACCUUGGAAUACAGUUUCGAGCAAAAGAG